AUCUCUGUUUUUUCCCUGCACUGAGUGUCUGCAACAACGGCCACUCUUUGCUACCGCAUAUGGCUACACCCCUGGCAACCCACGCUCCCCCUCUGUACUUCUGCCUUAAACUCCGUCGCCCAGUCUGUUUUUUUUAAGUCAAGAUUCAAUCUUUGCUACCUUUUUCUCUGAAAUCUUUGUUAUCAAUGAAUGCAAGUUUCAACCUUUUUGUGUUUGUGCUGUUCUGGGUGGUGUUCUUGGCCGGAGGCCAGCAGAAUCAGGUGGAGAUUGAAGCUUUGACGGCUUUCAAGCUUAAUCUUCAUGACCCACUUGGGGCUUUGACUUGGUGGGAUCCGUCGUCGCCGGCUGCUCCUUGCGACUGGCGUGGGGUUGCAUGUACCAACGACAGGGUCACCGAGCUGCGCCUGCCUCGCCUCCAACUAGGUGGCAGAAUCAGUGACCGUCUCGCUGACCUCCGCUUUCUUCGCAAGCUAAGUCUCCGGUCAAACUCCUUCAAUGGCAGCAUACCCUCUUCUCUCUCCAAAUGCACGCUCCUACGCGCAGUCUUCUUCCAGUACAACUCACUCUUCGGCACACUGCCGCCCGAGAUAGGCAACUUGACCAAUUUACAAAUCCUGAAUGUAGCUCAGAACCGUUUGUCCGGCGAAAUCCCUGGGGAUCUUCCCCGAAAUAUCAAGUACCUGGAUCUUUCCUCAAACUGGUUUUCCGGUUCGAUUCCGAGAAGCAUUGGUAAUUUAUCCCAACUUCAACUCAUUAAUCUUUCAUAUAAUCAGUUUUCCGGCGAGAUUCCCCCGAGUCUGGGUCAGCUUCAGGAACUUCAGUAUCUCUGGCUCGACCAUAACCUCAUAGAAGGAACUAUUCCCUCGGCUAUGGCCAACUGUUCUUCGCUUGUGCAUUUGACUGCGGAGGGCAAUGCGCUUGGUGGAGUGGUUCCUGCGGCGAUUGGAGCUCUCCCCAAGCUCCAAAUCCUUUCGCUCUCGCAUAACAACCUUUCCGGGUCAGUCCCCUUAUCUGUUUUCUGCAAUGUGACGGGUUACCCGCCCUCGGUUCGGAUCGUGCAACUCGGGUCCAAUGUGUUCACGGAUGUUGUGGGUCCUGAUUCCGGAGUCUGUUACAGCGUGUUGCAGGUUUUGGAUCUUUCACAGAAUCAAAUAGGCGGCUCGUUUCCAUUGUGGUUAACUGGCAUAUGGACAUUGACGAUGCUGGAUGUCUCUGGGAAUUCCUUCUCCGGUGGGAUUCCGGCGCAGAUUGGGAACUUAACAAGGUUAGAAGAGUUAAAUAUGGCUAAUAAUUCUUUCAGUGGGGUGGUUCCGGAAGAGCUGAAGCAAUGUGGGUCCUUGCGAGUUCUUGACAUUGAAGGGAAUCGUCUUUCAGGUAAAAUUCCUGUAUUUUUGGGUUACAUGACCGGUUUCAAAGUGCUCUCUCUCGGUGGAAAUCUGUUUUCUGGUUCUGUUCCGGAGAGUUUUCAGAAUCUCAGGGGACUUGAGAUCCUGAACUUGAGACAGAACAACUUGAGUGGAAGCUUGCCUGCUGAGAUAGUUGCACUGAACAAUUUGAGUACAUUGGACGUUAGUGGAAACGGGUUUUCAGGUAAAGUUCCAGUAAAUAUUGGGAACUUGACCCAGGUUAUGGUUUUGAAUCUGAGUGGUAAUGGCUUUUCAGGAAGGAUCCCUGCAACUGUGGGCAAUCUGUUCAGGCUAACAACUCUGGAUUUGAGCAAGCAGAAACUCUCUGGUGAGUUGCCCUCUGAGCUCUCUGGCUUGCCGAAUCUACAGGUCAUUGCUCUGCAAGAAAAUAUGUUGUCAGGGGAUGUUCCUGAAGGGUUUAGCAGUUUGUUGAGUCUGCGUUAUGUGAAUCUCAGUUCCAAUUCAUUUUCUGGUCAUAUACCAGAAACUUUUGGUUUUCUCCGGUCAUUGGUGGUUCUCUCAUUGUCUGACAAUCACAUUUCUGGGUCAAUCCCACCGGAGCUUGGAAACUGCACUGAGCUUGAAGAUCUCCAGCUGAGAUCAAAUGCUUUGACAGGCCACAUUCCGGAUGAUUUCUCUCGCCUUUCCCAUUUGGAUGUGCUUGAUUUGGGUGGUAACAACUUAACGGGAGAAAUCCCGGAGGAAAUUUCCACAUGCUCCUCAUUAGCCUCUUUGUUUCUGGAUGGGAAUCAUCUCUCCGGGAGCAUACCAAGUUCAUUGUCCAAGUUAUCAAAUUUGGCAAGGCUGGAUCUCUCAUCCAACAACUUGAGUGGAGAGAUUCCUACGGAUCUUACACUUAUCACCGGCUUGGUGUACUUCAAUGUUUCAAAGAAUGAUUUAAAAGGGAUGAUUCCGGUCACUCUGGGGUCUAGAUUCAACAAUCCAUCAGCAUUUGCUGAUAAUCAAGACUUGUGCGGUAAACCUUUGGAUCGAAAGUGUGAGAAUAUGGCUGACAAAAACAGGAGGAAGAGGUUGAUUAUGUUGAUUGUUUUGAUAGCAGCUGGUGCUUGUGUCAUGGCACUGUUUUGCUGCUUCUACAUUUACAGCUUGUUGAGAUGGCGCAAGAAACUCAAACAAGCAGCGGGGGAGAAGAAACGUAGCCCAGCAAGGGCCAGCUCUGGAACCAGUGGAGGCCGUGGCAGCACAGAUAACGGAGGGCCAAAGCUUGUCAUGUUUAAUAAUAAGAUCACACUUGCAGAAACAAUUGAAGCGACCAGGCAAUUUGAUGAAGAAAAUGUGCUUAGCAGAGCGCGGUAUGGACUGGUUUUCAAGGCUUGUUACAAUGACGGAAUGGUGCUCUCAAUUCGUCGCCUCCCAGAUGGAUCUCUGGAUGAAAACUUGUUUAGAAAAGAAGCUGAAUUUCUAGGCAAAGUGAGGCAUCGAAACUUGACAGUCCUCCGUGGCUACUAUGCAGGAUCACCAGAUUUAAGGCUCCUGGUUUAUGACUACAUGCCCAAUGGCAACCUUGCCACGCUUCUUCAAGAAGCAUCCCAUCAAGAUGGUCACGUCCUCAACUGGCCAAUGCGCCACCUGAUAGCCCUCGGUAUUGCCCGCGGUUUAGCCUUCCUACACACAUCCAACAUGGUUCACGGCGAUGUCAAGCCUCAGAACGUCUUGUUCGACGCUGAUUUCGAAGCCCAUUUGUCAGAUUUCGGCCUAGACCGCCUCACUGUAGCAACUCCAGCAGAGGCAGCUUCCACUUCAACUUCAGUCGGCACACUAGGUUAUGUGUCCCCUGAAGCAGUACUAACAGGGGAAGCCACAAAAGAAUCCGAUGUCUACAGCUUUGGUAUCGUCUUGCUCGAGCUCCUAACCGGAAAAAGACCAGUGAUGUUCACACAAGAUGAAGAUAUUGUCAAAUGGGUCAAGAAACAGCUGCAAAGAGGCCAAAUUACAGAACUACUAGAGCCAGGAUUGCUCGAGCUUGACCCUGAAUCAUCAGAGUGGGAAGAAUUCUUGCUAGGGGUAAAAGUCGGGUUACUUUGCACCGCACCGGACCCGCUCGAUCGACCCACCAUGUCCGACAUCGUCUUCAUGCUCGAAGGCUGUCGCGUCGGCCCCGAUAUUCCCUCCUCCGCCGAUCCCACCUCUCAACCUUCGCCGGCGUAAAACCGAAACUUUUGACCAAUUUUUUUUUUUUCUUCCUUCAAUUAUUUUCAGAAAGCAAGUGUACGGUGAAAUUUUUUGUUCAAUCAGUAAGCAUCUUUUUUACUGUUUCCAACUUUUUUACACUUUUUACGAUUCUAGUGUAUUACGCUUUCCGUUAAUGCCGGCCUUGGGGUAAGUUAA